GCUAUAAGAAAAGAGAUGCACAAAUCAAAAACCACAAACACCAGAACACACUUCCAUAAACUCUCGCUGAAACCAAACAUAAGAAGAAGAAGAAGAAGAAACAUGGAAAUGAUCAAGGCCAAAUGGGUUUCCAUUGUCGCCCUCGCGGCUAUUUUCCUAGUAGUGAUCCUAGUACCGGCGGCAGAAGCGGUGACGUGCUCGCCAAUGCAGCUAAGCCCAUGUGCAUCGGCAAUAACGUCGUCUUCUCAACCUUCAGCGUUGUGCUGCGCGAAGCUGAAGGAGCAGAAGCCAUGCCUCUGUGGGUACAUGAGAAACCGUAGCCUCCGUCGCUUUGUCAGCUCUCCCAACGCUCGUAAAGUCUCUAACCGCUGCAAGCUUCCCAUCCCAAGGUGUUGAAAACUAUAUAUAUGUGUGUGUUUGAAUCCUACUUUUGCUUUGUGUUUAAGGAUGUUAAUUAUGAUCAUUAAGCAGUGUUAUCCUUGAGAAUAAUAAUGUGUGAUGAACUGAUGAUGCUUGUAUGCAUCUUAUUUCAACUUUUGUUUGCUGUCUUAUUCUGGUUUUUGAUCAGUGUAGAGGUGUUAUAAGUAUGAUGAUGUAAUAACUGAGACUAUGAUAUAAAAUAUAUAUUUCAUAAACA